CUAGCAGAUAAGCUGAUAUUUACGCAAAACGCUCGCACUUAAGUAGCAAUAAACGACACGCUCAGUCAGAAAUGGAGCAACUGCUGCCCAAAAACGCGAUCUACCUGGACGAAGAAGUGAAGGAAGAGUAUCCGACAGUAGCACUGGGGUCCGACAGCAGCUUCCUCAACUUCAGGAAGCUGAAAGACUUGCGGCCCAUCUGCUUCCAUUGCGGCGACCACAAUCUCAGCUACGGAGCCAAGUAUUUCUGGCAUCGCUGCGGCAGCUUCAAGCACUUCUUCUGCUACUAUUGCUUCGACUACAGCCUGAAGAAAUACAGCCAUACCUGCGUCGAUGGCAAACCCAUUCUUGACGAGUGCAGAACCAUCGAACAUUUGCUGUGCGGAAAAAUCAAAUUCGAGUGUCAAUGGCCGGCUUGUAAGCAGAUCUUCGGCGGUUCCACCCUGAAGAAGCACGAAAUCAGCUGCGCAGUGCAGCCGAAACGCGAAUGUCCAGUGGACGGUUGCGGUUGGUCCGGUAAACUGGACGAAAUGGAGAGUCAACACUUCAAAACCCAUGAAAACAGCAAGUUGAUCUUACGCAACGUGGUGCUGAAGCUGGAAUCGGGCAAGGACUUCUAUUUGCUGAUCCUGGGCCAGUUUGUGCUGGCUCGAUAUGUUGCUGAGGAGUUAGGCGAGGUUUUCCAGCACAAUUUCUCUCUGAAAGUGUGCAAAGAGGUGCUGAGCUUCGCGAAACCAGUGGGUUUAGUAUCGGUUAACCACACACUCCUGAAGAAGAUUGAGGGCGACGACUCGGUGAAGAGUAUCAGGAGGAACGUUGUGCUGUUUGUGUACUUUGAAACUGUUCAACAAUUUAACUAAUUGUUUUUGAAUUUGUUCUUGUUGGGCUUAAAAAAUAGACGUUUUAGUCUU